AGGGCGGAGCGGGUUGCUCAAUGUGUCGGGGGCGGGGCAGCCCUCGUCUGUCCACAGCGGGGCGGGGUCACGGUCCCGGUCCUGGUCCCGGUCCCGCUGUCCCACCAAGCGGUGACGUCCGCGCUGUCUCCUUCCCCGCAGCCCGGAGGCGGUGGCAGGCGCGCAGGCAGCGAGAGCUCGGGCCCGGCGGGGAGGCCUCUCCUGGGGGAGACGGAGGUGACGCCUCGUGUCGUCCCGACUGGCACCGGGACGCUUCCAAGGCGCGGCGGGCGCCACGUAUCACCCAGCCGCCGCAGGAGGAGCCGGUGCAGCGCGGGGAGAUGCGGGGGCCGGCGGUGAUGCAGGCCAUGCAGCCCCCGUCUGGGGCCGGUUCCCCCACACACCCCCCAGCCGGGGCCGAGCUCCCCGGCCCAGAGCCCUGGCGCCAGCGCUUCCGGGGCCUGCGCUACCGGGACGCCCCGGGGCCGCGGGAGGUGUGCCGGCGCCUGCAGGAGCUGUGCCGGGGCUGGCUGGAGCCCCAGCGCCGCAGCAAGGAGCAGGUGCUGGAGCUGGUGGUGCUGGAGCAGUUCCUGGCCAUCCUGCCCCCGGGCAUGCGGAGCUGGGAGUGGGGGCGCAGCGUGCAGACCUGCGCCCAGGCCGUGGCCCUGGCCGAGGGGUUUCAGCGGGGGCUGGAGGAGGACGAGAAACGCCAGGUCGCGGCGCGGGGGAAGGUGCAGGACGUGGGCGCAGAGGAGAUGCCGUCCCCGGGGGCGCGGCGGGAGCCUGGCGAUGCCUGGCGGGAGCAGCCCCAGGCCCGCGGUGCCGACAGGCCGCUGGAGAAGGCAGGACACAGGGAGACGCCGGGGCCUCCGGACCCCGAGGAGGAGCCCCCGCCCUGCCAGGAGUCAGGUGCUGGGACCCUGAGCAGAGCUGAGCAGAAGCGUCCUGGAGAAGAGCCUGUAACCCUGGAGCUGCACAGGACUUCCCCAGGGAGCCUGGAGGAGAGGGGCUCCCCGACACGUGAGCUGGGCCAACUGCAGAAGGGGCAGGGCAGGCCUCCAAGGCAAGAGCUCCAGGAGGUGUUUGAGGACGUGGCUGUGUACUUCACGCAGAAGGAGUGGGAGCUGCUGGAAGAUGAAGACAAGGUGCUUUACCGGGACCAGGUGCUGAAGAAUUUCGACGCCCUCAUUUCGCUGGCACAAGUUGACAGAAGUCUUAUCAGCCACUCAUGCCACAGCCCGUGGACGAUGCGUUUCCUCAGCUCUUCCUCCAGCGGCAGAUGUACAGGAUAUCAGGGUCCCACACCGGACUUAGUCUGCCGCAUCCAGCAAGGACAGGUGGAGCUGUGGGUCUGUGAAGAUGAGGACAGUGGGGAAAUCUCAAGGUCCGAGGAGCUGCUGCCAGGAGGCGCCUGGCUGCUGAGCAGAGCUGAGGAGCAACCUCCUGCGGAUGGGGCUGCAGACCUGGAGCCAGCAGGGACUUCCCCAGGGAGUUUGGCUGAGAUGGACCCCCUGACACCCGAGGAGGAUCAGUGGCACAAGAGUCAGGGGAGGUCCCAAAAGCAGAAGGGGAAUGUAGCGGUGAACCAGCACCAACGCAUCCACCUGGGCAGAAGGACACACCGCUGCACUGAGUGCAGGAAGAACUUCAUCUGCUGGCAAGACCUGUCCCAGCACCAGUGUGGGCAGCACUGCUGCACCAAGUGUGGGAAGAGAUUCAAGCAGCUCUCCAACCUGGCUAGGCACUGGUGCAUGCACAUGAGGGAGAAGCCACUUGAGUGCUCAGAGUGUGGGAAAAGCUUCACCCGAUCCUAUCACCUGGCCCGGCACCAGCUCACCCACACAGGGGAGAAGCCACAUCAGUGCUUGGAGUGUGGGAAGAGCUUCACUUAUUCCUCCGACCUGACCAUACACCGGCUCAUCCAUGCAGGGGAGAAGCCACAUUGGUGCUCGGAGUGUGGGAAAAGCUUCACUCGCUCCUACAACCUGGCCCAGCACCUGCUCAUCCACACAGGGGAGAAACCACAUCAGUGCUCAGAGUGUGGGAAGAGCUUCACUCAUUCCUCUGACCUGACCAAACACCUUCUCAUCCACACAGGGGAGAAGCCACAUUGGUGCUCAGAGUGUGGGAAGAGCUUCACUCGAUCCAAUGACCUGACCAAACACCAGCGUAUCCACACAGCGGAGAAGUCGCAUCAUUGCUCGGAGUGCGGGAAAAGCUUCAGCCAAUCCUCCAACCUGACCAGACACCAGCUCAUCCACACAGGGGAGAAACGAUAUCUGUGCUCAGAGUGCGGGAAAAGCUUCAAUCGAUCCUGUCACCUGUCUCGGCACCAACGUAUCCACAAUGGGAAAAGUAACAUCAGUGCUUGGAGUGUGGGAAGAGCUUCACUCAUUCGUCCAACCUGACCCAACACUGGCUCAUCCGCGCAGGGGAGAAGCCACAUCAGUGCUUGGUGUUUGGGAAAAGCUUCACCGAAACCUCCAACCUGGUCCAGCACCUACUCAUCCACACAGGGGAGAAGCCACAUCGGUGGUCAGAGUGCGGGAGGAGCUUCAUUCAGUCCUACAACCUGAUGAAACACCAGCGUAUCCAUAUAGCAGAGAAGACACAUCAGUGCUCAGAGUGUGGGAAAAGCUUCCGCUGGUCCUCCAACCUGGUCCAACACCAGCUCAUCCACAGGGGGGAGAAGCCACAUCAGUGCUUGGUGCGUGGGAAGUGCUUUCUUCACUCCUCCAAACUGGGCCAGCACCAGUGUAUUCAUAUCUGAGAGUACCCAUAAUUCUCCCAAUUUUGUACUGCUACCCCAAGUGUAUAAAUCUGCCUCUUCCCUUUCCCUAUAUUACAGUGUUUAAGAAAAUAAAAUUCUAUCUUUUGAAUGA